AAGCAACACUAAAUAACGGUCCCCUCUUUUAUUAGUUUUCUAUUUGUGUUUUCUUUUACAAGUGUAUUUAUAUUUCAAUUUGAUAUUUUUGUUUUUAAUUUAAAUGUUUUGUAGUUCGUUUUUAAUAAACCUGCAUCUAUUAUUUUGUAUCUUCUUAACAAAUUAAAAAAUCACAAUGGAACGCUAUGCCUAUUUGCAAACAAUGCCCAAUUCACCAUUGACUCCAUUAACCCCGCUCAGCGAGAAUACAGCAUUUAAUUUUAAUUUUGGUGGCGAUGGAUCUUUGGACGAAUACAUUGAGAAUAUUCGAGAGAAGCAUCGCAACGAGCAAGAACAACAAGUAAAUCAUGUUAAGACUAGAACCGAUAGUCCGAUGCGUCCUAAGCAGCGUUUCUCCGAACGUUUUCGUAAAAUUCGUGAUGUGUUUGAACGGCAAGAGGAGAAACAAUUCGAGAAACGUAUCCAACUCAAAGAUCCACCCAAAUCGGCAAGUCAUUGUUGUCACCAAAAACAACAACAACAGCGGGAGUUAAGUGCAACAUCACAUUUGCAGUCGAGUGCAUAUCAAAAACGUCCAUUUAUUAAAAUUAUUAAUGCUGAUCAAGGCCAACAACAGAAUAUGUUACCACAGGACUACGUUGCCACACCCACAAAUGUACGCACCCCGCUCAAGCAAAGGAAUCAUAACGUUGUGUCCAUUAUUGUUCCAAAAAUUAGUCGACAGCAGCAACUGGAGCACCAUCAAAAGCUAAAAAUCCUUCAAAACAAACCAACAUUUCUUCAGCCUCAACCACAACAACAGCAACAACGUCAGCGCCGGCUAACAGUGGCACCGCAAUUACAUCACAUUCGUCAAGCAUCACCGGUGGCCAUAAAACCGUUAUGUCCUCAUGUCUCUAAAAUUCUACACCGACGUGGUAUGUCCAUGUACAACUGCAUCUUUCAGAGGGAAGAAAUCGAUUUGUUUAGUUUUAAAAUGUUAACGGCAUUUGAUCUCAAACAAAUGGGCAUAAUCAAUCCAAAACAUUGUGAUCUUAUUAUGGCGGAGGUCUGUUACGCCCGUCAAUAUUAUUAAGUGUUUGUAUAAUGUUCUCUUUUAACCAUUGCGUUUGUAUUUAUUGUUUAAAAAAUAGUUAUUUUACUGUUAAUUAACUUAAUUAUUUUAAUGUUUAAUUUUUUACUAAUUUGAUUGUGAUCCUAGUUUUAAAUAAAUGUAAAAGUUUUAUUUAUUA